UUUUAAUUUAUUAAUUCAUAAUUAAAUUGUAUUGCGUAAUUUAUAAAAGUCUGAUAACCAUUUACAUUAACCAAACUAAGGUAUUAAUAUCCAUUGACAAAAUGCUCAUGAAUUUAGAAUACCAAACAAAACAAAAGCAAUUUGACAAACAUAAUCAUAGUAAUCCUAGUCAUGAUGGUAUACACAAUGAAGGAACAGAUCGGGAACGUUUUUAUAUCAAGGUUCUUAUUGUAUUUCUUUCUCAAGUAUUUCUAUUGAAUUUAGUAUUCUACAUCUUUGAUUAUAUGCCAGUAUUAAAUCAAUGGAUUGGACAACAUAUAUGGUCAAUGUAUUUGUUAUGUUUAUUGAAUGGUUAUAAUGCAGUUAUUCUUUUAAAAGUUCCAACUAUUGAACGAUUCUUCCCUCUUAAUGUAAUUAUUCUGAGUAUUUUUACAAUCUUCCAUUCAUCCAUUGUGGUCAAUAUUACAUAUCAAAAUGCUACAGUUGAUGAUGCUAUUUCAUUUAUUAUUGUUUUGUUAACAUCAACAGUUCUAUUCAUCAUUACAACAAAAUAUUCCUAUGAUAUAACAGUCUUUUUCUAUCAAUAUUUCUAUGUAUUUAUAGUACCACUGAUAGUUUUACCUAUUCUUAUUUUAAUAUUUACUUUCAUUAGAUUUGAAAUACUAACGAGUAAAUUGUUCAUGGUAUUCACUUUUAUACACUUUCAAUUUUUCACAGUCAUCACAGCUCAAACACUUCAAGGUGGUCAUGAUGUUGAAGUAGAAAUAGAAGAUUAUGUUCUAGGAUCAAUGCAAAUGUUCAUUGUAAUUUUAUGUUCAUCAUUAUCAUUAUCAACAUUAUUUGAAAGAAAUUUCAUUGAAGAAUAUGAUUUGUUUAAAACAAUAUUCUUGAUAUUCAAUAUUCCAUUAGUAUAUUUUUCUAUAUUGGUUAAUGAAACUGAUCUCAAAAGUAAGCUAAAUAAUCAUAUGGAUAAAAUGACUCAUUAACAUGAUACAUUACAAUAUGAAAUCAUGAAAUGGAAAAGUGGUUUUUAUGAUUUUUUUUGCUAAUAAAUCCUUUCCAAUCACU